AUUCCAACGGAAGCUUCCAUUCAUUUCAAAAACUUAACCAAAAAAAGACUGGCUCAUCUUAGUCAAAAGCCCCAAUGGUCAAGUUCUUCAAGCUAAAACGACUUCUAUGAAAUAUCUUUCGUGAUCUAUUCCCACCAAACGAACUGGGAGGAACAUUUCCAACCUGCAAACUCUUCCUAGUUCCUACCCUUCUCUUCUCUCUGUCCAACGAUGCAUUCCGAGGAUCGCCUUCCAACCCUUUCUUUCCUUCUGAUGAUCACCAGCUUCACUUUACUUCACAUCCCGAAAUCUUUCAGCCAGGAUCAACAACAAUUUGAAACCUGCAGUGAGCCGUUUCGGUGUGGAAAUAUUGACUUUACUUAUCCAUUCUGGGGUGGGGAUCGCCCGGAGAGUUGUGGCUAUCCAGGUUUCAAUCUAAGCUGCCAAGGGAACGUCCCUCGGUUUACAGUUGGCCUCGUUGCAUACCGGAUCCUCUCCUCUGUAGAUACCUCAUCUCAUACUCUUACUGUUGCCAGAGACGAUCUGUGGGAUGAUAAUUGUCCUCAAUAUCUCUAUAACACCACCUUGAAUUUCAACAUCUUCAGUUACCCCAACACCGUCGAUAACAUCACUCUGUUCUAUAAUUGCACCCAGCUUCCUUUCAACAUCUUUCAACAGCCAAAUCAGUUUAAUUGCACCGUCAAUACUACCGCACCAACUACCAAUUUUUUCCAGACAAGUAGUGCAGCCAACAGCAACACAAGCCAGCUGCCGUUUUGGAGUGCUUGUACCGAUAACAUCAGGGUUCCUAUUAAUCGCGCCGCAUUUCCGAGUCUCUUCACUACUACGGCCAUAUUCAAUAUUACGGAUCUUCGAGCCGCACUUACUAAAGGCUUUCCUUUGCUAUAUGAAGCAAAUAAUACAGCCUGCAAUAAUUGCUCUAACACAGGUGGCCAGUGCGGGUAUGAUACUCGUUCCAACUCAUUUACCUGCUAUCCCAACAAUAAAAAUGGCAGUAAAAGUGGUCCCGGCACUCCCGUAGUUCUUGCUAUAGUAGGUGCAGUCCUUGCUGGUGUGGGUCUUGGUUGGUUGAUUUUCUGGUGUAGGCAACGGAGGAGACGGCUUGCUGCUGCUAAAGCUGCAGAGAGUUACCAAACUCAGAGCAAGGAUAAUUCAACUACUCCUGCUAGCAAAGCCCCUACUUCUGUGCCUUCAACUGUUUUCACCAAAAGCAUCCCUUCUUAUCCUUCCUCAAAAACUGAAUUUGGAAAAGAUAGCUCCUAUUUUGGUGUCCAGGUCUUUAGCUAUGGCGAACUUGAGGAAGCCACAGAUGGUUUUUCUCAAUCUAGAGAACUUGGAGAUGGUGGCUUUGGCGCUGUAUAUUAUGGUGUUCUUACUGAUGGCCGCGUUGUUGCAGUCAAGCGGUUAUAUGAAAAUAAUUUUAAGCGUGUUGAGCAGUUUAUCAAUGAAGUUGAGAUCUUGACCCGUUUACGGCAUCCAAACCUUGUGACACUAUUUGGAUGCACAUCCAAAAGAAGCCGUGAGCUGUUGCUCGUGUAUGAAUAUAUACCAAAUGGAACUGUGGCCGAUCAUCUACAUGGGAAACGUGCCAGUUCUGGUUUGCUAUCUUGGCCUGUCCGACUGAACAUUGCCAUUGAGACAGCUGAUGCAUUGGCUUAUCUUCAUAAAUCAGAUAUCAUACAUCGUGAUGUCAAAACCAACAACAUCCUUCUAGACAAUGACUUCCAUGUAAAAGUCGCCGAUUUUGGGUUAUCAAGGUUGUUUCCCAACGAUGUUACGCAUGUAUCUACAGCUCCCCAGGGGACACCCGGAUACGUUGAUCCUGAGUAUUAUCAAUGCUACCAGCUCACUGAAAAGAGUGAUGUUUACAGCUUUGGGGUGGUAUUGAUUGAACUAAUUUCAUCGCUGCAAGCUGUUGAUACUAACAGGCACCGUCAUGAUAUAAAUUUGGCAAAUAUGGCCGUCAACAAAAUCCAAAACCAUACAUUACAUGAAUUGGUAGAUUCAAGUCUGGAGUUUGGGACAAAUAGCCCUAUGAGGAGGAUGACAACAUUAGUGGCUGAGCUAGCUUUUCGGUGUCUGCAGCAGGAGAGAGAUAUGAGGCCUUCAAUGCAAGAAGUAGUGGAUGCUCUUCGAGGAAUUCAGAAUGAAGGGUUGAGUACUGCAAAGGUGGAGGUGGUGCAUAUCUUGGUUGAUGACGUCGCGCCGCUCAAGGAUAAUGUUGUCCCUACAUCGCCUGAUUCAGUUGUUCCUGAUAAGUGGCUUAGCAGCUCGACACCAAAUUCAAGCGGGUGACGUUUCUGUCUGGCUAUACCUCUUCUCUUGUAAAAAAAGAUUGUACUAGAACAAAGUUCUUUGUUUCUCAAUCGGUGACCUUUAGAGAUCUUGGCAUUUCAUUUUUGAAAAUUUAUUGGCCUUUGCUGUUUCCUCGUAGCACUACACAGGAAAUGUAUCUACUUAUUCUGUAAUAGAAAACAUAAGCAAGUGAUUAUAUCAAUUAUUGCAGAGUUAGAGGGAAUGUACAUAUCGAAUGGAGCUUCCAA